UUCGGGCGUCGAGACAUGAAGCAGGCAGCAGUCCUCGUGAUCUUACUGAUGGCAGCGGCAGCCUGGGCGUCUGAGGGUUACCACUACCACCCUCAGGCCACCCACGCCCACAAGGCCGCCCACAAGUCCGCCCGCUAUAAUUACAAGUGGGAAGUGAAAGACAAAGCUUCCAGAAAUAACUACGGACACGAGGAACACCGCGACGGCGCCUUGACUCAGGGAAGGAUUACUCAGCUCCAUCGGAUGAUUACUCAGCUCCUCAUCCUCCUGCCGUCAGUUACUCGCCUCAGCAUUACUCUCAUCAUGGCAAAUAAAGAUCUGAUAGAAGG